AUGACUACCUCGGAUUUAAGUGUUGAUACGUCAUGAGUUGUAGGUUUGAUUCUCAGUUGGGCUAAUAUGGACCACAAUGAUCCCAUGUCUGCAAAAAAAAUUAUUCAAGGUCAAAGGUUGUAUGAAAAAAUGUUUUUUGUUAAUUUUUCAGCGAAACGGUUGGUUUUAUGAAAAGAUAUGUUAGACAAAAAUUGUAGAUCAUGCAAUUAUAUACAAAAAUUGUCUUAACACGUUUUUUCAUAACACUAACCGUUUUUGAGAAAAAGCUUAUUUUGUUCACUAGCGUGCACCACUUGUCAAGGCCAAUCGUGUUCAAAUGUUGAAUCUCCAGCGGAAGAAGAUUUUCCCAUCAACGACGAAAUAACUGAUGUAUCGCUGUUAGUACAAUUUACGUUAACUCAAGAAGAGGAUGAAGAAGAAAUGGAGAGAGAGAAGAAGAUGGAGGGGAAGAAGAAGAAAUUAUUAAUGACGACGAUGAUGAAUAAAACAUAACCAGACAAAGACGAGAUAGACAAGGUGAUAGAAGAUGAACUAACGGCAAAACUCGGUGAAGAUUUACUGCAAAGCAUACAGAAAAAGUUUGAGGUGGACUUAGAAAGGUCUGUGGAUAUGGUUCUGGUGAAGAUAAAACUUUUACUGCAGAACGGCACCGUGCAAAUUCAAGAGCGGCUGGAUGAUCUUCAGGGCAUACUUGAAAAUAUGAAGAUGACUUCAGAAAAUAAGGUAGGCCAAUGUCUCGAUGCUAAACAAAAUGAAACAUCAGCCCUUGCAGAGAAAGCGCUUCAUCAAAUGGUAGUUUGCGGGUAUGCGCUGAUUGGACAUGACCCAGCAGAGGCAGUACGAAAAGUGUUAACUCUCAAGACCAUGAUAACCUCCAGUAUGAAACCUUUAUUCGAUCAGAAGCAAGAGGUGUUAGGUUUGUUAAAAGUCUGCGGACACGAUCACGACUCUUUGAAAAAGGUCAUCAAGUGCGUCAUUUCCAAGUCGCCAUCUAUAAAGACUACAAUGAUGGGUAUUACUGGCAAACUAAUAGAUGGUGUAGUAUCAUUAACAAAAUUAAUGGCACAUGGUGCUAUGCAUGAAGCUUGUCUCAUAGAAGUUAUCAAGACAACAGAAGACGAAGCAUUCCAAAUUGUAAAGCAAACUCAAAAUUGUGUAUAUGGAAAAGUAAACUCGACAGAAAUUCAAGAGGAAGUAGAUAAAUAUAUUAAUGAAAACAACGCAACUGUGAUCGAUAUCACAGGAUCAAAUAAAAUCGAUAAUAAAGAUGAUAGUGAUCUGAAUGAUAUGAUUAGAAGGAUGCUAGUGAAAGAUAAAGUUAAUGACUUAGAUAGUUUGAAGAAAAAGCUAAAUAAAUCUCGAGUUGGUGAUACAGGCAACGAAAUAUAA